AACAUUCCGAACUAAAGUUAUUCACAGUCUUUUACUCUUCCUAUCUUGAAACCAACAACGUGUGGAAUGUGAAUCAAAGCGGUACUUAAGUGUCAACACUGAAGAUCCCUACUUUGUGCCUUUUUAUUUAUUCAUUCGACAUCCAACGCGACCGCGACACGGUCACAGUGGAUUUUCCUUCCAAGCCACCCACUUGGAUAUUAUCGCCGCCUUCUAGUGAUAACAGUGACGGUGGGAAAUGUGACAACUUGUCACGGGGGCGAUGCGGGAGGAGAAUUUUCGGGACAAACUUCAGAAGCAUUUUCGGGUGUGUAAUUGGGUCAACGGAGUGGUUCGAUGAAGCUGAUGCAGCGGAAAAUAUCGGAACAUCAUCGUCACGCGCGGAACGAAGCGUAUUCAUCGUAAUCGAAUAUUAAUUCAAUCAAUGUCGGGCUCGCCUCGGAUCGAAAGCGGAGCUUGGGGUGGUGAUGUUUGCUGAAGUGCGGUGAACCGUUAAAGACCGCAAAACCAUUAAUCCAACACGAUCCGCAGAAUACCAGACACUCCACCACGUUUGCUCAAGGUUCGACCCGACCGGCUCGUUGCCACCACCAUCACCGCUUCAACGAUGCAUUUCGGUUGGGCGUACGACGGCGUCAACGGUUCCGUACCGCGGAAUACCGGUCCAGAAUGUGCCAGUUUCCUAACGCCCUCGCGGAAAAUCCUGGAAACCGUAAUCGUGAUCCCGCUGUGCAUACUUUCAAUCAAAAUGGCCAUCGCCCGGCUGAAACCGAUCACCUUCCGUCGGAACACGCCCUUCAUCACCUCCACUCCGCAGCACCACGGUAGUCCCUUGGGCUAUCGGAGCAGUAGUAUUAGUCAUCUAGCCAACAGCAGCAACCACAAUCUGCAGCACCACUAUCAACGGAUCGGCACUAGCGGUCAUCACCUAGAGCCCGACCACCGGGAACUUCUGCUGCAGCAAACGCACCAUCGGCGAUCGUCGUCGGUAGAGUACUGCAGCUGCCAUCGGUGCAAUAAUGCGCCCCACAAUCCUACGGUUAGUUCGGUUCUCGACGGGGAAGCACCCAGUUGGGCCAAACAGCUGCUGCUGGUCACGAUGACACUGACGCUGGGCGUCGAAGUAGGCUUUAAAUUCGCAACUAGGACUGUUAUCUAUAUAUUAAAUCCUUGCCAUAUAACCACAAUAAUUCAGAUCUACCUGCUAGCAUGUAACAAACCAAAGAAGAGCACGACCGCAUUGUUUCGGUUGCAGAUGAACUUCCUGAACGGGCCCCUGUUGGCGUUCAUGUUUCCGGAGACGGACAGUCGACAACUGCCACUGGAGGCAUCCAUCUAUUGGAUACAGCACGCACUUAUGUGUAUUAUACCGGUUUUCCUGCUGCGAUAUGGCGGAGUGUACAACAUGGAAGCUAUGAACGAUUUCACCUGGAAUGUUAUCGGAUACGCAAUAAUCAUCCUGUACCACUACAUUGUGCUUCAGAUUGUGUCGAUCCCGACUCAGGUUAACCUGAAUCACAUGCUCUGUCCCGCAAUCAAGGACCCGUUCGAUGGGCCCAACUAUCGCGCCAUGGCCGUCGUUCACGAAGCUAUCCUGUGCACUCUGCUCUGUAAGAUAGUUACCUUCAUCUUCAACCCACUUCCCCCGCCCAUCAUCACUAAUCCACCGUUCAUCAAGAAUGGCGGAUCGGCCAGUAUGGAAGUGGCCCACUCGGCUGCCCCGUCGCCUUUGGCUGCCAAGUCCGCUCCGCCGGGUGUCGCCACCCAUCACUACAUCCAUUCUCGGCCAUCGUCGCGACCGUCGUCCCGAUCUUCGUCGCCUGCCAAAACCGUGUCCAUGCUGCAGGAGAAUAACAUCAUCAUCAAGACGAGCAAAAUUGACUAGUGGUCGUCGGCUGUGAAAAAAGCGACCGCGGUGCAGUUCGAUCGGAGCUGGACAACGAUCAGCCGCGUUAGCUGAAUGGGAUCCCUGUGUAGAUAUAUCGCAGUUUACUGAUUUCCGAUCUUUCUUCCGGAAGUAUGCUUUACUAGUACGUACCCCAGACACUCACUGAGACACAUCAGAACCAUUCGAAAUAUCGUUAAUUCCUAGACUAACUUUCCUACUCAUACGUAUCCUAUAAUCGAAAUUUUCACUUCUUCAUCUGUGAGUGCGACAAUCGCAUCCAUCACAAGCCAUCUAAGCUUCAGAUGGUGAUAGAAGCAAAACAAUUGAAGUUAUAACAACACGCCAGAGCGAGCAGCAUCCGUAGAAGUCACUGUUGAAUGCCUUUCAUUGUAAAUAGAUAUUUGAAAAUCGACAGUACACAAAACCAAUUAAUCCGGCUGAUACAAGUAGCGUUUAAAAUAGCUUUAAAACUUUUCACGAAUGGCGGUAGAUCAAAACGGUAAGGCAAUUGAAAACGAUGGUGAUAUGCGCGUAGUGUCUCUCUGUGAUAGGCACUGAAGUUCUUUUGCUUUUUCACUAGAAGAAUUUUCAAGUUCUUGAUAUGGGUUGAAGGUUUUCAACAUCCUAACUAUAAUUUAAUGAUUUGCAUUGAAAAUGUUAUCACAAAAUUAUGCGUUGUAUAUCGGAAGGAGAGGCUUUCACCUUUUCUCUCGGCAACAAAACCAUACUGAUUGUAGAACAGAUCGAACAAAAAUAGACCUGAGUAAGCACUACUAGAAACCUUAAAAAAAAUUAAACUACCAAUAAAAGAAACGAAGAACAGAUAGAAUAGGGUAUCUCAUUCACACUUAAACGUUGUCGAAGUAAUUGCUGAAAAAACUCCAUACGUAAUCCACCCGAAUAUAUUUUACUCUCAGGGUAAUUGAACGCUCGGAAACAUGCCAUUCGGGGUGAGAUAUUCAGGGAAGUUCCAUUCGGAGUAACGGGUAAGAGUUUCAAUCGCGAAAAGUCUAGAUCUAAACGAAAGAAAAAAGAAAGGAAUGAACAUUGCGCUAGGCUGGUUUGUGUAACAAACAUAAACAACUCUAUUUUGUGAUAUCAAUCAUUACUUUAUGCGCUAAAUAAGGCAUUUUUAUUGCUAAGAACCAUUGCCUGCGGUAGUGAUUUUAUUUGCUACGUCAAUACACUGCGUAGCACUCGUGAUAGCUUUUAAGAAUGAUAACCAACACUAAGUAGUUUCAAUUCUUGUCCGUUUGUGGGGGGCAGAACAACUCCAAAGGGUUUAAUAAAAAUGGGAUGGGAAGAAAAAUAGCUAAAGCAUGAUAAACAGACGAUACUACAUAGAUUCUAUACGAAUAUUCCUUCUAGUUCUAUUUUCCCUAGAUGGCUUUAUGAAGCCUGAGAAUUCAAAUUGCCCAGUACUCUGCCAGUCACCAGACACUUAGUUUCGACAGUUUCAGUAUCUCGUUGAAAAGGUACGAAGGCUUUGCUACUACUCAGCGCUCUAUACCAAUGAUAUCUAUGUCAUCCGCAAAACCAAGGAGCUUAUAAGAAGUGUGAUGAUGGUUCCGUUUCUUUGCACACCAGAUCUUCGAAUUGAACCUUGCAGAUCUAUGAUGAAUAGCAGAGUAGGGGACACAUCGCCCUACUUUAUUCCAUCUAACGUCACGAACAUGCUAUUAUCUGUCACAGUUCGUUCCGUUCCACCUUGUUGUUCGCUGUCUUGCAAUCCACAAAGAGAUGAUGAGUUCGCAAAUUGUAUUCCUGGAAAUUAUCAAGAAUUUGUCGCAGAGUUAACAUCUGGUCUCUUGUUGAUCAUCCUACUCGAAAACAUCUUUGGUAUCCGCGGGCAAAGGCCAUAAACCCAGCUUGGAAGCAUUCGUACUCCCUCCCAGAUCAUUUCAAUCACUUGGUUGUUUUUUUUUUCGUUCAGUUGGUAACUCCCAGGUUUUAGAAGCUCGGCCAGAAUUCCGUCCCUCUCAGUGACCUUACAGUUCUUUUGCUUUCGAACAACCUUUUUCAUUCCGUCUAGCGCGGGUGGCUUCAUAGCUUGUCCAUCAUCCUAAAUCCUGAUUCUGCUUGUCUCCUAUUUUCCCGCCAUUCAACAAUAAAAGACAACAAACCCACCAGGGCCAG